UUUCUCUCCUGCAAUGUUGAGACAACUAGCUGGGAGGAUCUGGAUGGGUACCAGUAAUAACGGAAUGGAAAACAGCUAAGCUGGUUUCUUAGGGACCGUGUUGUCCAGCCCACUUAUUAUACAGAUAGGGAAACUGAGGCCCCAAAAAGUCACUUAACAGUCCAAGGUCACAAGAACUCAAGUCUACAGUAGAUGAGGCUGGGGACUGGCAUUCCAGAUGCUGCAGAAACACUGACUUAGGGCACUUGCCCAGUAGCCUCCAAGAAGCCCUCUAACGCAAGCGGCCGUGCCUCCAGGUAGACAUCCACUUCCUCUGGGCCCACACUCCUUGCCCAGGGUGCUUCCUUUUCCAGGUAAUGAAAAGCCAGAUACUUCCCUCAACUCAGAGGAAUAGGGCCCUUCUGCUUCAGCUGCAGGUAUCACUUUAGCCUCCAGCCCCAGCCUAGAACACGCGGCUACUGGCACCAUGAAGUUCAGCCCGUUCCUUGUCCUCUGUGUCCUCCUCUGCCUGGUGGGCAUCGCCAGCUCAGCCCAUCUCAAGCAAGAGGUUCCCUGGGAGCUGUCCCAAGCCCUGCCUGCCGUGUGUCAGCUCCCUCCAGCGAGGGGCCCCUGCAGAGGCGUCUUCUCCCGGUACUUCUACAACGACACGUCCAGUGAGUGUGAGCACUUUGCCUACGGUGGCUGUCAGGGCAAUGCCAACAAUUUCGAGACCACGGAGAUCUGUUUGAGGAUCUGCAAGCACCCUGGUGAGUCCUCUUAUAGAAACAGGAGAAGCAACGCUGGCGAUCGGGUGGUGGUGGUCGUGGGAAGGGAGACAGCAUGGUGGAGGAUGAUGGUGGGGUCAUACCAUGGUAAUAUUACUAUGAGAGGCGAUGGGGAUGGGAAUAAUCAGAUGCGCCACCAAGAGGUGCCAGUGUGUUUGGUAAUGGGGGUGCUGGGGUGGAGGCAGCGAGGCUGUGGUUGACGGCAGUUUCGAUGGUGAAGAUGAAAGCAGUAUUGGUGAGUAGUGAGGCUUUUCUCUAAGUGGUGGUGCUGGCCAAGCGGAAGUUACCAGUGUAACCUUCACGGGGGGCGAUGGUGUUGACAGAAGUGAGGAAGGUGUUGGUGGCAGUGAUCAAGGUGGGAGAGGUGAGGAGGCCUCCGGUAUGGUGGCUGUUGAAGGGGGUGGGUAAGGAGUCUAGCUGAUGGCUCUGGCCCGAGGCCACCUAUAUGCCAGCCAGGAAGGAAACUGUCAUCUCUGUUACAGAGAC